AUGGUGUGCUCCUUCGUGUUGGAAUCCACGAGCCGUCUCGUGAAACUGGCAAAGCCAGCAGUAAAAAAAUCUGCAUCAUCUUCAGCAUCAGAUCCUGCUGUAGCUUCGGCAUCAGCAGGAGUGUGCAAACAGCAAGGUCAUCAGCAGCACAACCAGCAGCUGCGAUCCCGUGACAGACAGCCAAUCAGACGGCAAGGCUUCUUGGGAAAGAUGGUACCAUCUCAUUUGCCGUCCAGCAGCCGGCGUCCCUCUGCAACGAAGGACCAUGCCUCUACGCGUGAUUCCACCUUUUCACGUGUUAUUGUCACCUUCUGCACAGUCACACUGAUCGUGCUCUGCUGCAUGGGUCCCGUGGGUGCUGUCCCGCCUCCGGUGGUGGAGUGUGAGAAUGGAGGGUCUGAGACGUGCACUGUCAACAACGCCUAUGGAGCCAAUUUCGACGGUGUCACAUGCAAGGCAUCACGAGUGUUCUACCCAGCAUCAGAGGACGAGUUCAUUGCUGCCGUUGCAUACGCCAGCCAGAACAAUCUCCCGGUGAAGGUGGUGAGUCAGUUCAUCCACACCACGGCCAAGUGGUACUGCCCAGGAGGGCAAGCAGGCGUCGUUAUAGUCACAACCUUCUACAACAGCAUUCAGCUCGACACACAGGCCAUGACCGUCACUGUAGACGCCGGAGUCAUGAUUUACGACUUCUUCAGCUAUCUUGCUCGCCACAACCUCACCUUCCCCACCGCGCCCUACUGGGAUGGUGUGACGGUGGUUGGGGCUAUUGGCACCGGCUCACACGGCAGCACACUGCAAUUCAAGAUUGUCUUUUACAACACCAGUGAUGAUAAUAUCGAGAAUGAAAUCCUCGCGUUCGCCCAGAACACAACAUUCCCGGACCUCAAUUGGUACCCCUCCUCCUACAGUGUUUUCUGGCGUCGAGACAAUCUGGUGUCAGUAGCCACACCAGGGGAUGGCUCCUACACACUCCCUCUCUUCCCCGGCCGCCUUGAAUACGUCUGGUCUGCUCUGGCUGCAAUGGACUACCAGUCCGAGGUCUCCCGCAAUGCAGACGAGCAGUGCCAGGCCUGGCUCAACAUCCAGGUGCCGACUCUGCUCGGUGGAGGCGGUGGUUUCACCAAUGAUGGCUCUUCCUUCUCAUCCUUCCCUGUUGUUGGAUUCCACAACCGCAUUCAGUCAUCCAGUGGGUGCGAGUUCGCUCCAGACUACCCCAUCGGCAGACAGACGUGUGCCUGGGACCCUCGCAUCAGCGGCAUCAAAUUCUUUGAGACCACCCAUGUCAUUCCACUCAGGCGACUCAAAGAAUUCAUUUUGACUAUCAAGCGCAUCCGGGACAUGAGGCAGAAUGCAUUCUGCGGUGUUGGUCUGUAUGGAGGAAUCUUCUUCCGGUUCAUCCGCGGGUCGACCACACUUCUUGGCAACACUGAGGAUGCUGCAAUGGUGGACAUUCAGUACUACAGGAACACAAAUGUCUCCCACCCUCGUACAAAUGGGGACAUCACUGACGAGUUUGAGCAGAUUCAAGGAAGGCUUUUCGAUGCUCUGCCUCACUGGGGAAAGAAUAGAGAUGUUGCGUUUGACAACAUUUUGCACAAAUUGCCGGGUGCGGCAAGGUUCCUGCAUGUCAGGACGCCUGUACAGACAUACCGUCCGCUCUGUGCUUUGGAAGGUGUUUGUCACUGCACGGACGACUCCCACUGCAACCCAGCAGCUGGUGCUUUCUGUGCUCAGGGAUUAGUUUUCACCAAUGCCACCGUUUGCCGUCUUUCUAGUGUUCAGCAGUCUUGA